AUGGCCACCCUGCAACACCGGCAGCUGCUUAUGCGUGGCACGGAGGUGAGCUGCGACGGCACGGUCACGGUUCGGAUUGCCAAUCACUCCACACGCAAGCACGAGACACCUCGGGGUGCCAACAGUGAGGCAGCAGCAGGAGGAGGAGGAGGAGGAGUAGGAGGAAGAUGUGGAGCGGCCAAUAAAGUGAACCCCACUCUCCACAAAUACAGCAUCUCCUCCAGCUGCAGCUCUGCAGACUCCAGACCAGCGGUGACCUCCACCUCCAGCGUGCAGAAGAAAGCCCCAGCGCUGUUUGAACGCUCUGCCGCUCAGUGCUGGGACCCCAAGUUUGACUCCCCCAUCCUCGAGGAGGCGUGCCAAGAAAGGUGUUUUCCUCAGACCCAGCGGCGGUUCCGAUACGUCCUGUUCUAUCUGGCGGUGGUAUCUGUACUCUGGUGCGUGUACUUCGGGGUCAACAGUGACCGCUGCUGCCCUGUGACCUUCCUUGCCCCCACUGCCUCCUUUCUGGCCUUACUUGCGCUCCUCCUCUUGUUCACCUUCACCAAGCCGUACACAUGGCUGUACAAUCAGACUUCCCUGUUCCUGAUUGCCGUUACUUUUGCCAUCACGUUGGCUCCACAGAUACAAACUGCUGGCUACAACUGGGCUGCUGCUGGGAACGCCUCGUACAUCUCUCUGAACAAAGACGUUCUGCCUCACAUCCCAUGCAUCUCCCCUGUUGGCACCUUUUCUCUGUGCAUGGAGGUUCUGUUGUUGCUAUACAGUGUCCUCCAUGUCCGUCUGUAUGCCUCAGUGAUGCUGGGGCUUCUGUAUUCUAUAUUAUUUGAGGCUAUGGGAUGGCUUCCAUUGCUUCAGAAGAGCUAUGACGUUACUGGACAGGUGUCAAGAAUGGAAGAGACCCUCCUCUGGCUUGGACCUGGUAAAUGUCUGCUCCACCUGUGUGCUCAUGUCAUUGGCAUCCACCUGUUCAUCAUGUCAGAGGUGCGCUCCCGUAGCACCUUUCUCAAAGUGGGCCAGGCGAUUAUGCACGGGAAAGAGUUAGAGGUUGAGAAGGCCUUGAAGGAGCGUAUGAUCCACUCGGUCAUGCCAAAACGAGUUGCAGAUGAGCUGAUGAAGCAGGGUGACGAUGAGGGUGGCGGCGAGAACUCCGGCAAGAGAUAUUCCUCUGGCGCCUGCUCUACCUCGGCCGUUGCAGUAGCUGUCAGAGGAAGCGGUGGAGCGCUACAAUCCCAAAGUGCCACGAGUUCCAAAAACAACAAUCACAUUCGCAAAAAGACCUCAAUUCCCCGUGCACAGCUAAUAUUUAGGCCUUUUAAUAUGAAACGCAUGGAGCCUGUUAGCAUCCUCUUUGCAGACAUCGUGGGCUUCACCAAAAUGUCCGCCAAUAAGUCCGCACCAGCUCUGGUGGGCCUCCUCAACGACCUGUUCGGACGUUUUGACAGCCUUUGUGAAGACACCCACUGUGAGAAGAUCAGCACCCUGGGAGACUGUUACUACUGUGUGGCGGGCUGCCCUGAGCCCAGAACGGACCACGCCUACUGCUGCGUGGAGAUGGGCUUGGGCAUGAUCCAGGCCAUCGAGCAGUUCUGUCAGGAGACAUGCGAGACCGUCAACAUGCGUGUUGGCGUCCACACCGGCACCGUCCUCUGUGGGAUCCUGGGAAUGAAGCGCUUCAAGUUUGACGUGUGGUCAAAUGAUGUGAAUCUGACGAACUUGAUGGAGCAGCUGGGUGUGGCGGGGAAGGUCCACUUAUCAGAAGCUACAUCCCGGUUUCUGGACGACCGGUACCAGAGAGAGGAUGGACAAGUGGCAGAGAGAGCGGGGCAGAGCGUUCUGGAGAAACUGAAGGGGAUGAAAACCUACCUGAUCUCAGGAAGGAAGCUGGAUUACGAAGUGCAGUGUACCUGCUCUCAGAUGGGACUAGCAGGUGGAGAUCAUGAGCUGUCCUGCCCUCAACACCGCACACCAGACCUGAUCCCUGGAGGGACCCAGGCUAUAGGAUCCCUGCUGCUCCAGAAACCACCAGAAAAUUCUGUGCCUCCUUGUGUUUUCCACAGUGCAGUGCGGUCUGCUGUCACAGAGCAGGGUGAUGAUGUGGCUGUGCUGAACGGCUGCCAGGAAGAGUACAAAACCAGCAGUGCCACGUUCAUCCCAGGUCGCAGCCGGAGAACUGCCAAUGGUCUCCUGAGCCCCCCGCUGGAGGACCCGGUGCGCGCCAGCCAGGGUUCGCUGUGUGAGAUCCUCCAGGAGAAAGAAAAGAAGACCAGCACGAGCACGGGAACUGGCACCAGUCUUGGCAUGACUGGAGGCGCGGCAGCAGCCAGCCCUGGCAUGGAGCACUCGGCCCUCAUCCAACUGCGAGCCAAGAACUUCAAACAGAAGAGCGAUGCUAACUUUGUGGAUGUUAUCAUGGAGGACAGUCUGAUGAAGAAAGACUUUUUCAAGCCACCAAUUAACAAGAUCAGCCUUAAUUUUCUCGAGAGGCCUCUGGAAAAAGCCUAUCGCAGCAGCUACAAGGAGGAGGUGAGGAACAAGGUUCAGGUGCAGACAUUUGCAAGCCCCACCUUCAGCUCCUUCCUGGAUGUUCUCAUCAACUGUUUUGUCUUCCUGGCCUUGACCCUGGCCUGCUUCCUUCCAUCUCUGGCAAACCCAGUUACGGUGGGCUCCCCCAUGCUCGCCGCUCUGAUCCUGGCUCCCGUGGCUUGUCUGUUGGAGUUGGCGUCUCUGGUGCUGUCCAUACGCAUGACUUUUUAUCUGAGCGAGCUGAUGAGCUGCACUCGCUCUCUGGUCCUGUUUGUCUCGGGAUGGGUGUCUCGUCACGUGAUCGGGGCCGUGUUGGUGUCCCUCCCUGCCAUCUCUGUCCUGUCCCAUAUCAGUGUCCACCUUCCCCUCCAGGUGAUCAUGUUCUUGUGCUGUGCCACCAUCCUGGCCAUCAUUCAGUAUUGUAACUUCUGUCAGCUGAGUUUUUGGAUGCGCUCUGUCUUUGCCACGGCCACAGGAGUCACUCUUCUGCUGCUGUUGUACGCUCCCGUACACAGCUCGAGCAGUAACAGCAUGCCAGUUCAUGGGUGGAACAUCUCAGCACCAACUGAAGACACUCCAGAUCCAGGCCCAGGAUUUUUUCCUCCACUCUUUAACGUUUUGGUCCCAGAGGCCGUCCUUGCCUUUUUCUUGCUUCUGCUCCUGGUCUGGUUCCUUAAUCGUGAAUUUGAGGUCAGCUACCGUCUCCAUUAUUACGGCAACGUGGAGGCCGACAAGCACCGCUCCAAUAUCCAGAACAUGCGAGACCAGGCGGAAUGGUUAUUGGGCAACAUCAUCCCCAUCCACGUUGCUGACCAGCUCAAGGAGACCCAGAGUUAUUCCAAGAACCACAACAGCGUGGGUGUGAUUUUUGCCAGCAUCGCUAACUUCAGCGAGUUCUACGAAGAGAGCUACGAGGGGGGGAAAGAGUGCUAUCGUGUCCUGAACGAGCUGAUCGGAGACUUUGAUGAACUUCUUCGCAAGCCUGAGUUCAGGAGUGUGGAAAAGAUCAAAACGAUCGGUUCCACCUACAUGGCGGCGUCGGGUCUGAAUGUCCAGCAGAUGGCGGAGGAGGACGACGAGUCUCCGCACGCUCACCUGAGGGCGCUUUUCAGCUUUGCCCUCAACAUGAUGGGCGUCCUGGAUGACUUCAACAAGAACAUGCUGGGCUUUGGUUUCAAACUCCGCAUUGGAUUUAACCACGGGCCGCUGACAGCAGGGGUGAUUGGCACGACUAAGUUGCUUUAUGACAUUUGGGGUGACACGGUCAACAUCGCCAGUCGCAUGGAUUCAACUGGCGUGGAGUGUCGGGUGCAGGUGAGCGAGGAAAGCCAUGCUGUGCUCAGUGCCAUAGGGUUAGAGUUCGACUACAGAGGCACAGUCAAUGUUAAAGGAAAAGGCCAAAUGAGGACCUAUCUCUACCCCAAAAGUGGGGGAAGCGCAUGUCAGUAUCGAACAGAGCUGGCAGCUGGAGCUGGACCCUUGCCUCUGCCAUUACCUAUCAGUAACACUUCAGUUUCUGCUGCUCAGGCGGCGGGUCUUCCUGCCUCACUUUCCAAUCCUUCCGCUCCACCCCAAAGCACUGGGAGGCCUCCAGGAGCAGGGCCUGAGUCUGCCCCAGCUAAAGGUACAGGGGCGAGGGAUGAAGGGUAUAGGGACACCGCACACCAAACUGGGCAAUCCUCUGACCCAGAUCUUCAUACCCACUCUGAGCCAGGCCCAGGAGUUACACAAGCCUCCCCCCUAGUGUACCCCACUUCUCUCGCACUUCAGGAGGAGGACGACGAAGAGGCUAGUGAGCUUACAAGACUCAAUGAGGAGUUUUAUGCUCGUCUCUGA